AUGACAACCGAGACAGACGUGUUUCUCCAACUCAUCGCGUCUCCGUUCGAUAGUGAGGUAGUCUGCCUCGAGAACGGGUACACUUGCAAGCGCUCAUCCUAUUCACAGAUUUAUUCGGCUUCAUUUCUCUCCGCUCUGGCGUUCUACGGACUUACCACCGCUGCUGUCCUGUUCGCGUUUUGUAUCCUUCGCUCACGCUAUAGCAACGUCUACGAACCACGUCUUUCCCAACAUAGCAAACGCGCGGCGCCCGAGGCAGUUCCCAAAGUUCCCUUCGGCUGGCUAAGUGCCAUUUCAAAACCGUCAGAGGUCGCAUUGAUUGAUCAGAUUGGGCUCGAUGCCGUGGUGUUUCUUCGCUUCACGCGCUUGAUCCGAAAUCUCUUCGCCACGCUCACGAUCAUUGCGGGUAUAACACUGGUUCCAAUCAAUGUCACGCAGGUUCAAGAGUCCCAUGCGUCUGGAGUCUCGGUCUUUUCCCGCCUCACGCCGCAGUACAGCCGCAGUAGCCCCGUCUUUUGGGUAUACGUUGGUGUGGCCUACCUUUUCGAUAUUGUCAUAUGUCUCUACCUUUGGUACGGAUAUCGGGCAGUCUUGCGGCUCAAGAGGUCCUAUUUCCGAUCACCUGAGUACGGUGCCAGCCUUCACGCACGUACCUUAUUGCUGUCCGACAUCCCACAUCCUCUCCGAUCAGAUCGAGGAGUGACUCAACUAGCCGAGGGAAGUAUCAUUGGGGUGAUUGGUCGUGACGUUGGCAAACUCGAGGCCAAAAUAAGAGAGCACUUCGAUUUGGACCAAAAGACGAGGCAUGAGACAGGGCUCAGACGCGAUGGUGCGCGAAGAAGAGCUAACGAAGUACAAAAGGAGAUUGAAGCCAUACGAGGAUCGCCACAAGAGCUUCGGGCCAUGUCUUACGGAUUUGUUACUUUCGCCACUGUCGCCGAGGCUCACUCCUGGGCAUACAAGUACCGUCACGGAGGCCCGGAAGGUAUCGCUGUCCAGCUAGCUGACGAUCCCGAUAACUUCGUCUGGAGAAAUCUGGAUUACUCAAGAUCGCAACUGCAACGCCGUCGGCGAGUCUACGCCUUCCACAUCACUCUCCUGACAGUCGCUUGGGUAGUUCCUAACGUCCUGAAUGCUGUAUUCUUGACCAAUCUCUCACACCUCGCGCUCGUGUGGCCGACCUUCCGCGCGACCCUCGACUCCCACCGCAUACUUUGGGGUAUCGUCCAGGGAAUUGUGCCACCCAUCCUCGUAUCUCUUGUAUAUUAUUACCUUCCCCCCAUCUUUCGACGACUAUCCACGAAAGCCGGAGACAUGACGAAAGUCAGCCGUGAGCGCCACGUUAUGCGAAAGCUAUUCACAUUUCUCAUUUGGAACCAGCUGGUCGCUUUCUCACUGUUCUCAACAUUCUGGGGAUUUGGCGCUGUAUUCAUCAACGCUCACCAGAGUGGAAGAGACGCUUGGCAUAAAGUAUCAAAAGGUCAUGUGAUGCGGAAAAUCAUUCAGGCACUCAUCACGGUCACAACGUAUUGGUGUUGCUGGCUAAUACAGAGGAAUCUUGGUACUCACUCAUCCUCCGACACAGCUUUGUACUCAUUGUUGACAUCAUGUGUAGGCGCUGCCGUCGACCUUGGUCAGGUCCUGCCGUUACUCUGGAAUACCCUGCGCCGGACAUCCGCACGGUCGCUACACUCACCAGCCACUCCUCCGGCUUUUAACUAUGCCACACAGUACAGCUACUUCCUAUUCUAUGCCGCAGUCGCGUUGACUUUUGGCAUACUGCAACCACUCGCACUUGCCAUCACUGCGAUUUAUUUCCUUCUCGACUCUUUCACCAAGAAGUACAUGCUGCUCUACAUAUGCUCGACUAAGCACGAGUCCGGAGGACUGUUUUGGAGGUCUUUGGUUGACCGGAUGCUCGUCAACGCUUUGUUUGGCAAUAUCGUUACCGCAGUACUUGUGGUCGCCCAGGGUAGCGCAGGCCAGAACUGGGGUAUGCUAGCCGCGCUCCUUCCCCUGCCCGGUAUGCUCGCCUCGUUCAAAUGGUAUUGCGCACCACGAGCCUUGGCUCCCCGGGCGAAGGCGAGCGUCGUUUCUGAUGCCGAGCUGGAACCAUGGUUAGUAGAAAUAUUGCGAGCGCUGGGGUUCCUCAAAUCAUACUCUGCUUCGACGACUCGAGGACAACAGCAAUCCCAAUGUCUCGCACACCUUCUCAGCGACCGAGACGCUAUAUGGACACUAGCUCAUAUCAUUCCUUCAAACACCGACUUGACCUACGUUGAGACCUACGACAUGAUUCACGUCCAGGCCUACGUGAUCCACGUGGACAUGGUCCUUCGAAAAGAAGUCACGUUCAAGCUCACCGAAGCUUCCAUCGACCACAUUAUCAGCUUCCACUGGAAUGUCUACCUACGAAGUCUUUGCGAUAACACUCUCCACUGGCCGGGCAAAGAGAACGAAUGUAAGGAGAUCCAACGGUCCUUCGAGCACGACGUUCAAAGCUUCAUCUACUGGACAGAUCUGGACGUGCUAGAAGGCUUGAAGGAGAGUGGCGCUGGCGAGCUCAUCGAAGGGUGGCCAAGAGGUGUCAAGCUUGCCCUAUCAGCGUUCUUCAAGAAGUCCCACGAUUACGUUACCACGUCAAAGCGUGGAUUCGUCGAUUGUGGAACCAUCAAGGACCAAACGGCUAGCCAGUCUGCGAGCACGAGAAGCAAUGUGAACGCACGACAGGUCCACAGAGCAUGGAAGGAUGGCGAAGGCUCCAACAACAAUAUGAUCCACCGGGGUGCUAUUGAGCAACAACGGUGCUUCGAAGCCAACGCGUCUGAAUGUGGCUCUCAAUGGGAUCGCGGCGCAUCGAUUGCUGCUCUAGAUACUGAUAGGUCACCAUUAUCACGGCUAAAUGUUUUGCGAGGAGGAUGUGCAAUCAGCCGGUGGAUUGAUGACUGUGGUGUAGCUUGUGGAGAUCGAUUGUCUUCCGACCAUCGUGGAGGGGAAAGCGAGUCCUGA